AUGACUGAAAAGAAGCUUAGUUGCCGGCCGUUUUUCCCCUCCUUCUUUACCGAUCUCUUUAUCUUUCUCCUCCCCCUACGCCCCCCUCCCUCCCCAAACAACGCACUCCUCACCGACGCUUCUGUCUUUUUUUUUUUUUUUCACCACCAACCUUUGCCAUCAACUCCUUUUUUUCUCUUUGUCUCUUUUUUUCACACACACUCCCUCUCUCUCUCUUUUUCUUUCUUUCUUUCUCUCUCUUUCUCUCCCGAUAUUUUUGCUUUUUUUCACUCAUUCUCUCACCAUAUCAGUCCGUACUGUGCCACCCUAAAAACUAUCCUCUCUAUCUAUCUAUCUAUCUAUCUAUCUAUCUAUCUAUCUAUCUAUCUAUCUAUCUAUCUAUCUAUCCCCUUUUCUUUCUUUCUUUCUUUCUUUCUAUCCAUCGAUCGAUCGACAUCCCUCUUUAAAACUGAAAUCAAUCAAUCGAUUCCUCUCCAUAUCUAUCUUUCUAUAUAUGUUCAAUCAAAAAAUGCCUUUUCGUUUUUAUUUACAUCGACUGGCACGAUGAUAUUUUCUCGCUUUCUCUCUAGAAAGCUCCACCCCUUCCUUGUAUCACUCAUAACUCCUAAUAAUUCGUUCUUUUUCUCUCUUCUUUCUUCGUUUAUUCUAUUUUUCUUACUCUCUCUCUCUUUCUCUCUUUCUCUCUCACUCUCUCUCUCUCUCGGAAACUUUUUUUUUACUGCGAAUCUGUUCCCCACCCACUCAUUGUAUUUUAAUUCCUUGCUUUUCACCCCACCUUCUUCUCUUCACUUUCUCCCCCCCCCCUCUCUCUCCCUCUCUUUCUCUCUCUCUCUCUCAUACUCUCUCUCUCUUUCUCUCUUUCGUAGAUGUUUUUCCUCCGCUGUUUUGCUCGUCUUCUUACUCCCCCCACUUCACCUUGUUUACAUUUCUAUCGCCCGUGCUCUUCCUCCCCUUUCACCCUUUUUCCGUUCAACUCCUUCUUCUUCUUCUUCUUCUUCUUCUUCUUCUUCUUCUUCUUCUUCUUCUCGCACCUCCCCUUCCCUUUGUUUAUAUUCUGUCAUCCAACAUCUUCCUCCUCCACUUCUUUCGUCCAUGUCACCAAUCUUCUUCUUCUUCUUCUUCUUCUUCUUCUUGCACUCCUUCUUGUUCAUGCUCUCCUUCUCUUCCUUCAUCUAUACCACUGUAACUCUUCUCGUUCUCCCUCUAAUCUUCUUCUUCUUCUUCUUCUUCUUCUUCUUCUUCUUCUUAGUCGUCGUCGUCUGGCCGUCACACUCAUAUCUCUUACUUUCUCUCUCACUCAUCUAUUGCUUAAUAUCUCUUUCUUUCCCUUUCUCUCUCUCUCUCUCUCUCUCUCUCUCUCUCUCUGUUUUAUUGCUUCAUAUCUCUUCUUCUUCUUCAUCAUUCACCAUCAUCAUCCUCCUUUGA